AUGGGUCGACGAGUAUGGGGGGUUGAGUUGGAAGUGUUGCUUGUGCUUGUGCUUGGGGUGUUCUUCGUAAAUGUAGAGGAGAGGAUGCAGGUGAUUAGGAGAAGCCACCCAAUGCGUAGAGUUAUCGAUAGAGUGAACGAAGAUGGAGGGCCCUCUCUCGGACUUGUCAUGGAUUAUCCUCACGAAGAAUUGGCCCUUCGAGGUUCUGGCUUCGUUGUUCCAAACCCGGACACCCCUUGGAUUGAAUUGGCAGGAAGAAGAUUCCACAUUGGGAAUAUCAAUGGUGCGAACGUAAUUUAUGUGAUGACUAGGGAGCAAACAACAAAUGCAUCUCUGACCGUUCAAGUUCUUCUGGACCCAUUUGUUUAACAAAUGGAGUACCCUGGCAUUGUAUUCCGUGGAGUUUCGGGUUUGGCUGGAAGGAAUGGACUGCUUUCUUCACCUAAUUUC